GAUGUUGAGUGUGGUAUGUAGUUAUCAAUGUCGGCACGGGAUUGUAUACAGUUUUCAUGAUAUACCUGGAGAGAAACCGUGAGGGCCGGGAAGUUACGCCCUCUAGCCCUGGACACCAGGUCUAGAAGGGAAGUGGGGGAUAUAUCUUACUGUUCUGACAUUGGAUACCUAGACUUUUUAUCAUUCUGCGGCACGAGAAGGAAACUGGCCGACGUCGAGCCAGUAUUCGAGGCAGUAUGGGGUGCUUUCGCCAGUUCAGAAGUCAAGAGGACGAGGACGAUAAAAUGCGGAAGGAAGCAAACAGAAAGAUCGAAAAACAGUUACAAAAAGACAAACAAAUAUACCGGGCGACCCAUCGGUUGUUAUUGCUAGGUGCGGGGGAGUCAGGAAAAUCAACUAUCGUGAAGCAAAUGAAGAUAUUGCACGUGAAUGGAUUCGAUCCAGAAGAAAGAAGGCGGAAAAUAGAGGACAUCAAAAGAAAUAUCAGAGAUGCAAUAUUGACAAUUACCGGUGCUAUGAGCACAUUGAACCCCCCAGUACAACUACAAAACCCUGACAACCAAUUUAGAGUGGACUAUAUACAGGACGUAGCAAGUACGCCAGAUUUUGAUUACCCGGAUAUAUUUUAUGAACAUACGGAACUUUUGUGGAAAGACAAAGGAGUACAAAAAUGUUAUGAACGAUCAAAUGAAUACCAACUCAUUGAUUGUGCACAGUAUUUUUUAGACAGAGUGCAUAUAGUGAAACAGCCUGACUACACUCCGACCGAGCAGGAUAUAUUGCGGUGUCGGGUAUUAACAUCAGGCAUAUUUGAAACAAAGUUUUCAGUUGAGAAAGUUAAUUUUCAUAUGUUUGAUGUAGGAGGCCAGCGUGACGAACGCAGGAAGUGGAUUCAGUGUUUUAAUGAUGUCACCGCCAUCAUCUUCGUGACUGCAUGCAGCGGUUACAACCUUGUGUUACGAGAGGAUUCCAGCCAGAACCGGCUCAAAGAAUCAUUAGAUCUUUUUCGAAACAUCUGGAACAAUAGAUGGCUCCGAACAAUCUCUGUAAUUUUAUUCUUAAACAAGCAAGAUCUUUUAGCAGAAAAAGUGCGAGCUGGGAAAUCAAAAAUAGAAGAUUAUUUUCCAGACUAUUCAAGAUACCAAACCCCCCCAGAUGCUCAGUCAGAGCCAGGUGAUGAUGCUGAGGUAGUCAGAGCUAAAUAUUUCAUCAGGGACGAGUUCUUACGAAUCAGUUCAGCAAGUGGAGAUGGGCGGCACUACUGCUAUCCUCACUUCACGUGUGCUGUGGACACGGAGAACAUCAGGCGUGUCUUCAAUGAUUGCCGAGAUAUAAUCCAGAGAAUGCAUCUACGACAAUAUGAGCUUCUGUGAUUGCCAACACAUGCCACUACAAAAAACAACACCACCACCAACAACAGGAAAAAAUUGAAAAAAGAUAUGGAUGCUGUUUGCAUAUUUAUAUGACUUGAUGCAUUUGCGCCUCUUGUUACAUAGCUCGAUGGGAUGACAUGUUAACCGGGCAAUCGGCGCAUGAACAUCUUUGUGAAGUGUGACCUGCACUCAUGAAGCAAAACAAAACGUGGUACACCAGUGUGCCAACAAUGUGAUAUAUUGUAAGCACACGUUUCUGUGUUUCUCUUGCUCUCUCUGGCAGGCCAUCAUAUGCUGAUGUUUUAAAAAAGAACAACAAUAACAACAACAACAGAAAACAUAUAUAUUAAAACAAAAACAAACAAACAAAAAGAGUAUAAAGAACUUGUGACCAGCUUCAGCAGCAGUCUGUGUGUUCUGAUCCAUACAUGGCAUGUUGUUCUAUACAAAACCACACGUGUAUAUUGUUGAGGUAUAUUUUAUUGUGGAAAAAAGUUGGUGGCUAUAUUGUCUUGGAAACAGUCCUUUUGUUUACUCUGUGCACCUUGGUGACACCGUGAGAGUGGAACAUACUCGGGCUGACCAAAUCUCAGUGAUGUUUCAGAUCUAAGCAGGUGUGUCCAGUUAUGACUAGUGAUUUUUUUUUUUUUUUUUAAUGGGUUUUUUUUUCAAAUCACACCUGAGCAGAAGUGAUUAUUCGUCAGCCAAGGUUAUAAUUUGUUUUUUUCAAAUUUGUGCAAAUGUAGCAUGUGAUGCCGAUAAUCUUUGGUGAUGCUUGUGAUCAAAGCAGAUUUAACCUAACAUGGGCCAUGUUAAAUCAUAUCUGAGCAGACGUGCCCAAUCGUUGGCCUUCUUUUCUCUCUUUUUUGUUUAAAUUUUUUUUUGGUAUAAUAACAGAAUGGAUGUAGCCAAUCGGAGUCCACGUUCUAUCUUCUCUUUUUGGAUCUGAUCUAACAUGGCCAAUGAGGAAUAGUUUUAUAUCAGAUCUGAACAGAGCCGACCAGUGAUGGAUGAUGUUUUAUAAGAUCUGAGCCGACGUGUCCACCAAGACCUGUGUGUUCUUUUGUACAAAGCUUCUGUGGAACUACCAACAAGUUAUGCAGUAUCUUAUUAUAUGACCUCAGAUGGUUUGAAGACAUUAAUUGCCAAAACACCUGUGGCUGUGGAGAUAACAGGACCAACUUAACCAAUCAACAAUUCAAGUUCAAAUCAACACAAAACCAUCUUUGAUAGCCAAGGAAUCUGUUGCGAAAAAACCUGAAACACACAUACAUUAUGUGAUAUUGUGAAUGACUUUGGGACUUUUGUUGUCGAGUAUUUUUUUCGUGUACUAUUCAUCUCCAUACAUACUGAAUUGUGAUUAUUUCAUCAGUUACCAGUGGCCAGCCAAAAUCCUGGAGGUUUUUGUUUUUGUUUCUUUUAAAUUUUAUUUAUUGACCUAACCCCCCCCCCCCCCCCCCCCCCCCCCCCCCCCCCCUUCCACCAACCCCCAACAAUUCUAAAGCCAUGUACAAGUUUCUUUUCUAUGUCAUUGGUUUCAGUAUCUUUCGAAACUGCCAGAUCAUUGAACACAUUGCUAUGACUGGCAAAAUUCUAUCAUGUAUGUUACUGGAACUCAAGAUCUUUAGAUUCCAAUGCUCAAUUUCACAUGAUCUGACUCUUGUAAAAACUUGCUGAGGACGUUUGUACGACUUACAGGACCAUAGUUAUUAGGUAGUGUAUAAUUGUUUCAGCUAUUACACGCUUUUUUACCCUCAACUUACACAUGACUUUCAACUUUUUGCUUAAGUGAUAACAUUUGGCGAAUUCUGUGUUUCUGGUCAUUCCGGUGUUUUUAGUAGCUCAAAAUUAACUUUAUUGACCAUUAUAAUUUAAAAGGAAAAGAUACAUAGCAUGACAGUUGAGAUCUCCAUCUUUAAAAGUUAUGCAAACCUUCCAGUCUGUUAGUGAUCAGAUAGUGAUGGUAAUAAACAGUUGUCAUAAUCUGCCACUGUUAUUUAACAUGUUGAAUAUUUCACGGUCCUAACAGUAACGUGAAUAGGAUGAGUUUCUAACAUGUGAUUAACAUGUUGAAAGUAUGUCGAGUUCCUAACAUUCAGAUCAGAGAUCCCAUCUCUUUCAGCUUGAAUCAUCUUUGAAAUCUUUAUUUCUAGGCAUUUUUGUAGAGGUUGGGAGGGGAAAAUUCACAAGUCAAAAAAGGGAAACAACUCUGUCAACUUGGUCAAAAGAAGGGAUGUUGUGUAUUUCAUUUCGAAUAUGGAUAGCAACUUUGCAGUAAUCUGUAAAACAGCCUUUUGUGUUUCUAGAAAUAACUAUCGUGUCUAAAGAUUUCUUAUCUGAAAAUCAAGUUAACCAUCACCCUUACAACUCCCCUUUCCAAAACUCCCCCUACAAAACGCCACAGAUGAAAAAAUAUUUUACAUGGAAUUGGAACUGUUGGGAAAUCCAAUAUUUAAGUAAAGCAUUAGCAAAAUGUCAGAUUAUAAAUUUCAUGUCAUGCAUAAAAUUCAGUUAUGUUGUUGUGAAAGAGGGAAAAAAGUAUUUUUCACUUUUUGACUGUUUGAAGCUUUCAUUGCCAAAUGUGUUUAGAAAUGUUGAUAGUUGUCAUGGUUAUAUUGCACACAAAACUCAUUGAACUAAACAAAUUGUCCAUUCUGACUUUGCUUUUUGUUAAAUAUUUGUUGAUUUUUUUUAAUUAUUAUUAUUUCAUUUUGUGUAAUUAAUCAGAUUAACUGUUAUUGUCAGAUUUUGAUAAGAGAAUAAUUUUUUUAAGACUGAAUGUUUGCAUAUUUUUUGACACUGACAUGUUCUGUUGUAACCUUGCGUAAAGUCUGUUUUUGCCUGGCCCAGAUUUGCCUAGGUUUCAAGAGUUAAAAACUAUCUUUGGUUUUAGCUCACCUGUAUGAUUGUACAGAAGAGCUUUUUAUUACUCUGGAAUAAAAAUCCAGAUAAAUAUAUUGAUUCUUAUUCGGGCUUGUUGGAUGAAAAAAAUAGAGGAGGCAAACAAAAUAAUAGCUUGCUCGAAGCAAUCAGUUCAUACUUAAGGAUCCAUUACAUGAAAUAUGUUGAAGUUUUAUGAUGGUCGAAAAGAUCACUGUAAAUGAAUUAUAUUUCUCCUAGGACCUAAAAUUUGUGACUUAACAAAUAAUUUUUUAAACAUAGACAAUGGAAAGACGUUAAAUGCAUAAGCAGAAUAAUAUUUUAUUAAGGCACAGCCACACUGCCAAAAUGGAGAUGACAAAAACAAAUGAUAAUCAUAAUAACAAUUAAAGCUUGCUCAAGAUCUACCUUCUUUUGCAGUGAAAAGCAUACAGAAAGUUUGCCUCCUUAUUGUUUAUUUUUUGUUAUUGCUAUGGCAUCAAUAACCAGGAUAACAUUAAUGUGACUGACCUGUGUAGUCUGGUACAGACGGAACUGUUUGGAUUACAUAAAAUAGGCAAUUACAUCAACUCUUAUACCCAUAAACCUUAUUAACCUUGAUAACAUGUUUUCCACCAAAUUGCCAAACCAUUUCAAAACCUUUUCAUUAAGUAUAUUUUUUCAACAAUGCCACAUAACUUCAUUUUCCUAUUAUUACUUACUUUCGGUAAAUAGCAAUAUAUAUUUUUUAUUUUGUGAUCUAAAUAAUUUUCAACUCUUGGAACUCUUUUUCAGACAGUUUCAAAACUGAGGAAUUUAUUAUUCAUUAUUUUGGAAUCUUUUGUUUCAAAACAUUCUGUCGUGAAGGGAAAUCCGACCAUCAAACGUAGACAAAGUCACUGUAGAGAAAACAAGCUCUUAAGUUUUUUAGUCCACGGGUCCAUGUACCAUCUGCUUACAUGUGUCAUGAAUCUUGUUUUGAUCUGUUUACCAAGGUGUCUAAAAUCAGAUGCUACAUACUAAAGUAUGUUUGGGUUUUUUACAACUGUUUUCAUUUUUGUAGUUAACACUAGUAAGAUUUUGAUUUUUAGAAACAUGGGCUUGGCAUCUAAGGGGUUAACCUGCCAUUUAAAUGUACAUAUCCAUAAUGAUUAACCUUCUCUCUGCCAUGCUCAUUUUGCCCCAGAGUUAGAAUAAAUUUUACAGAAUUUGUUUUGGUUUUUUUAAUUUAAGUUUUGAAUCUUUUGUGACAUAAUGUCUUCAUUCAUGUCGCCAAGUCAUUCUGUGAUCUAUUAUUUGUUUCAAGUUCAGAUUAGGUUCAAGAAUAUUUUAGCGUUUUUACUUCAAAUAUAUGUGGUUUAGAAAUUAUUAUUAACAUCACAUAGUGUGCUAGAAUAUAUUUUUUCUUAUUUGCAGUCAUAUAUUUUGUAGAGGUAUUUUUGUCUGAUCUUAAUUUAUUGUAUGUUUUCAUCAAAGAACUAAAAAUGAAAUCGCAAAAUAAGUAUUCAGCAUUCAUUUUGGUAUUGUACAUUUUUAGGUUCAAGUUUUGUUUCAAAUAUUCAACAAAUUCAUAUGUUCGUCCUUGAAAAUAAAAUUGAAUCAGUGUUAUUGUCCAUUAAAGUUUAAAAUGGGGAAAACAACUAUGGAAAUUGGCAGUAAAAAAAUUAAUACACAUUGUGCAUGUGUGUAUAUGUGUAUAUAUGUGUAUAUGUAUGUUUGUGUGUGUGUAAGUGUACAUGUACAUACAUACAUGAAUAUACAUGUAUAUAAUAUGUAUGG